UUAUAAUAGAUGUAAGUGGCUGCCGCUUUGUCAAUGAAAAUGGAAAAUCAAGGUAAAGUGAAAAAAAUAAAAGGUAAAAAGUGUUGCGUGCCGGACUGCCAAAAUAAGAGUGGAAUUAAUAGCGUGCCUUUUUAUCGUUUUCCUACGAACAACAAGCUUAUGCCCCACAAAGUAGCUCGCAGAAAUGGUUGGAUUCAAGCGGUGCGUAUAAAUUGUUUUGGCGGGUCCGAGUGGGAGCCUGGAAAAUGUGCUUUAAUUUGUGGCAAACAUUUUGUUGGUAAUGCUAAAUCUGAGCAUCCCAAGAGCCCCAGUUACAACCCGACACUUUUUCCCGGUGCUCAGAAUAAGAAAUUUAUUGAUCCUGCAAGGACUCGUGAGCGUUUCGAGCGCUGGGUAAAAAGAGAUAUUGCAUCCAAGCAAACUAUCAAAAGUUCAAAGUGCCAAAAUAUGGAGGAUUCAUCGACAAGUACUCCUUGUGAUAGUGUCUCAUGUGAUAUUGAUAUUGUAAUGGAAGAAAAAUUUGUGAUUCCAAAUACUAUAGAUGUGGCAACACAAGUUAAUUUUGCAAUACCAGAAGACAAUACCCAACACAUUUUUUUGAGUAGUUCAAUAUCAUUUUUAAACAAUCCAAAUAAACGUGAUGCAGAGAUAUUUGUUUCAUUACCUGCAGCAAUUAAAAAUGAAUACAUACCUAAUGAUGAGGAUUGUAUCGAUGAAGAAAAUAACCCAAGUUCUAUCAAGAGUUUUAGUGAUUUGCAAAAGCAAGAUGGUAUUGGUGGAUUUAAAGGGUAUCAAAGUAUGUUGAAAAAUAAAAACUCAAUGGUAGACCUGUGUGGAGUUAGUUUUGAAGAUUUUAAUUUGCUCUUAAAAGCUCUAUCUGCAGGUUAUCGCUGUGAAACAAACAAUAAUAUUAGUAUUGAAAAUAAAUUACUAAUGUUUUUAUUAAAAAUAAAUAGUUAUUUAACAUUUAAUGCAAUAGGUACUAUCUUUGGCAUAAAUGAAAAUGAAACUUCAGAAAUUUUCUUUUCAAUAGUAAACUAUUUAGCAAAAGCCUGUAAAGAAUUUCUUACUUGGCCUACUCAACAAGAAGUCAGAGGUACCACACCAUCUUGGUUGAAGCCUAAAUAUAGCAAUUGUAGAGUGAUGAUUGAUACUAUUGAAUUUAAGGUAGAAAAACCAUCCAACCCAGAUGAUCGAUUACGAUUCUGGUCUCUACAUAAAAAUGGUUAUAGGAUUAAAGUAGUGGUUGGGUGUACACCAAAUGGUUUAGUUUCAUUUGUUAGUAAUAGUUAUGAUGGUAGAAUUAGCGAUGAACUCGUUGUAGCUUCUUCAGGAAUAUUGAAGCUGUUAGAAGAUGAUGAUUCAGUAUUAGUUGACAGAAAUUUCCCUAAUAUGGACCCAAAAUUAAUGAAAAAUGGCAAAAAUGUUUUUGUGACUAUACCUUUGGUUGUAGAAAAUGAUUAUCCAAAAAAACAAAAGGUAAAGAAACGUCACGUGGACAAAAUUCCAUUUGCCAUAGAUAGGAUAAGACAAAAAAUUAGAAAUUUUAAAAUCCUAGAUAUAUUUACAACUGAAAUGCUUCCUUACGCAGAUGAUAUAAUAUUUAUAUGUUGCGUUCUUGUCAAUCUGCAACCAACAUCAAAAUAAAUUAGAAGAAAUAUGAUGAAAAGGUUAAAAUUAGUAGAAUGAAAAUUAUUU